UCAUUUCACACUGAGCCUUGGAGGAAGCUCGCGACAGUAGCGUUUAUGUAAAUUCGUUCGUGGUAAUUUUUUUUCCAUAAGCUGAAAUGGCGAAGGCUAAAAAGACAAAAAAUGAAGAGCAGAAAGGAGGAGAUAAUAGUAAUUCUGAAGCAGUGGUUAAGCAUCAGAAGCUUUGUCUCUCUAUCGACAUGUACCAUCGUCGAAUCUACGGGUACACAGAGCUUCUGAUAGUCGUACCAGACAAUGGCAUUGUAGGUUUGCAUGCAGAUAAUUUGGCUAUUGAGACGGUUACAGUAGACGGGGAGCCAGCAGAGUUCGAAGUCUUCCCUCAUUAUCAGCAAUUAGACCCAAAGGAUAGAUGGUGUGUGGUUUCGUCGGCCACCUCAGCAGCUGAUGCAGCUGGUUCGGUGUAUUUGUCAUCUCUUGAGAUUGAAUUGCUUCCGAAUUUGCUAAUAAUGUGCAGCAAGUCUACCAAAAUGGAGCAUGAACAAGGACAUGUGCAUAUGAACACUGGUAUCGACUCAUCUGCUGAUGCUGAGCAGAAUGUGAAAAAAGUUCGCAUUGACUAUUGGGUGGAGAAAGCAGAAACGGGCAUUCAUUUUGAUGAUAAUGUGUUACAUACUGAUAACCAAUUAAGGCGUGCACGGUGCUGGUUCCCUUGCAUGGACGACAGUUUGCAGCACUGCUGCUAUGAUUUGGAAUUUACAGUGGCCAGUAACCUCGUGGCAGUUAGCUCUGGAACCUUACUUCAUCAGAUUUUGACCAAGGAUGAUCCUCCGCGGAAGACAUAUGUAUAUAGAUUAAAUGUUCCUGUGGCUGCUCAAUGGAUAUCUCUGGCAGUUGCUCCAUUUGAAAUUCUUCCUGAUCAACAUAGUGGUCUCCUAUCACACAUUUGUUUACCAGCAAACUUGUCAAAGCUACGUAAUUCAGUUGGAUUUUUCUACAAUGCAUUCAGCCACUACGAGUCUUACCUUGGUGCGAAAUUUCCAUUUGGGUCGUACUCACAAGUGUUUAUAGCUCCUGAAAUGGCAGUGUCCUCGUUGAGUUUGGGAGCAUCUUUAAGUAUCUUUAGUUCUCAAAUGCUGUUUGACGAGAAGCUUAUCGAUCAGACUAUAGAAACGAGGAUUAGACUUUCUUAUGCCCUUGCAAGACAGUGGUUUGGAGUAUAUAUCACUCCUGAAGCUUCAAAUGAUGAAUGGCUCUUGGAUGGACUUGCUGGGUUUCUGACUGAUACGUUCAUUAGGAAGUAUCUAGGGAACAAUGAAGCACACUAUAGGCGGUAUAAGGCUAAUGUCACAGUUUGCCAAGCGGAUGAUAGUGGUGCAACUGUCUUGAGCUCUGCUGCUGCCUCUAAGGAUUUGUAUGGAACCCAGUGUAUAGGUUUUUACGGGAAAGUGAGAUCAUGGAAAUCUGUGGCCAUCCUUCAAAUGUUGGAAAAGCAGAUGGGUCCUGAGUCAUUUCGUAAAAUUCUUCAAACUAUUGUUAUUCGGGCUCAAGAUGCUUUUCAUUCUUUUAGAACUCUCAGCACCAAGGAGUUCCGGCACUUUGCCAAUAAGGUUGGAAAUCUUGAGCGUCCAUUUCUUAAAGAGUUUUUUCCUCGCUGGGUUGCAUCCUGUGGUUGUCCAGUGCUGAGGAUGGGGUUCUCCUAUAACAAAAGGAAAAAUAUGGUUGAGUUAGCAGUACUGCGGGGAUGUACAGCCAGACCUGAUUCUAAUGCAAUUGUUAAUAAUGGUAAUCCUGAUAAUGAAAACCGAGAAGGUGAUGUUGGAUGGCCAGGCAUGAUGAGCAUAAGGGUGCAUGAGUUUGAUGGCAUGUAUGAUCACCCAAUUCUACCAAUGUCUGGUGAACCUUCGCAGCUGCUGGAAAUUCAGUGUCAUUCAAAACUUGCUGCUAAGCGCUUCCAGAAACCCAAAAAAGGCUCCAAGCCUGAUGGCUCUGAUGACAAUGGUGAUGUGGUGCCUGCUACCGAUAUGCGACCAAAUUCUGAUUCUCCCCUGAUGUGGCUUCGGGCAGAUCCAGAAAUGGAGUAUCUUGCUUUAGUUCACUUUAACCAACCUGUUCAGAUGUGGAUAAAUGAAUUGGAGAAGGACAAGGAUGUUAUUGCUCAGGCUCAAGCUAUUGCAGCAUUAGAGGCAUUACCACAACUUUCAUUUUCUGUUGUGAGCGCUCUGAAUAACUUUCUCAUGGAUUCCAAGGCUUUCUGGAGAGUCCGAAUCGAGGCUGCCUAUGCGUUAGCUAAUACAGCAUCUGAGGAUACUGACUGGGGUGGCUUACUCCACCUGAUCAAAUAUUAUAAAAGUCAGAGAUUUGAUCCAAAUAUUGGACUUCCCAGGCCAAAUGACUUCCGCAAUUUCCAGGAGUACUUUGUACUUGAGGCAAUUCCACAUGCCAUCGCUAUGGUCAGGGCCGCGGACAAGAAAAGCCCCAGAGAAGCUGUAGAGUUUAUUUUGCAACUCCUGAAGUACAAUGACAACAAUGGCAAUCCAUAUUCUGAUGUCUACUGGCUUGCUGCAUUGGUCCAGUCUGUUGGUGAACUUGAAUUUGGACAACAGAGUAUUGUAUACUUAUCACCCCUUCUCAAGAGACUUGACCGGCUUUUGCAAUUUGACAGGUUGAUGCCAAGCCACAAUGGGAUUUUAACAAAUAGCUGUAUCCAGUCAUUGACUCAAAUUGCACUCAAGCUGUCAGAAUUCAUACCUCUUGAUCAUGUUGUUGAACUUAUUAAACCAUUUCGGGGAUCGAAUAUGUGGAAAAUUCGAAUUGAAGCAUGCAGAGCACUCCUUGACCUUGAGUAUCAAUGCAGAGGAAUGGAUGCAGUACUAGUACUAUUCAUCAGAUACCUAAAUGACGAGAUGUCUCUGAGAGGGCAAGUUAAAUUAGGUGUCCAUGCCUUGCGCUUAUGUCAGAUGCAAAAUCCAUCUGAUCCUGGCAAUGAUGUAAAUAGUGACACACUCGUGGCCAUGCUUCGCUUGCUUGAGAGCCCCCUGGCCUUUAACAACGUUAUUCUUCGUCACUACAUUUUCUGCAUUUUGCAAGUUCUUGCUGGAAGGGCUCCAACCCUGUAUGGGGUUCCAAGAGAUGAAACACUGAGGAUGGGGCAUGCAAAAACUUGCAGUGAACUUAAAAACAUUUUCGCUGCUCUUGUUAAGCAAUCUAAUCCUCCAGAGCCAUGUUCAGAUACUUUUGAACUUCCAGGUGAUAUUUUGGUUCCAGAAGUUUCCAAGGAAGUAAAUACUUAUCCUCAAAAUCAUGAUCAGACUAUCGGAGCUACCUGUACCACACCUACUGGUUCAGCAACAAUGGAUGCUUACAGGACAGCAGAUUCUCUCUCUCAUAUUCCAGUGUUGCACCAUGGUGAAGAUGGUCCGAUCACGAUUAGCAAAGUGCCCACUUUAUCUGAAAGUAAUGACAUGAAGCAAGUCACUGACAUCGUAUGUGAUAACUCAAUUGUUCCCGAGGCUUCAAGAGAAGCUGACACUUCAUUUGACAUUCAUCCACAAAGGGAAUCCGGUAUUGACCCGGGGCAUGAUUCUGCAGUCAUUGCUGAAGUUCCGAAAGAGGCAGAUAAUACUGUUUACAGAAGUCGUGAACCAAAGAAGCCAAAGCUUAAGAUUAGGGUCAAGCAUUCUGCAGCAUCCAGUCGGGCAGAGGAACCUGAUAAUGGUAGACAGAUACGAUCUCAAGAUGGGGGCGCUGAUGCUGAUCAUGGAGCGAGCAGCUCAGUUUCUGUUGAUGCACCCCAAAGAAAUUUCAUCGAGAAUAUUAGCACAAGCAAUCAGAACCUUGAUGAUGUCAAUUCUAGCCAUGAUGUUGGAUCUAGAGUAACUGCUAGCAUUGGCAGUGCGAAACUGGCCACUGAACUACAAUGCACUGCAGAUUCAAGUAAAGUUUCUUUGCCGCUUCUACCUGAUGAUCACUUGCCUAGUAGCACCAUGAAAAAUGAUUUGGAAAUGCCGAGCCAUGGAAAUACUAAUUUACCUCCACUGGCUACCAACAUCAUUCAUUCCUCUAGUAGAGAAAAGGAUAAGAUAAAAAACGAGAAGAAGAAGAAGAAGAAGAAGGAGAAGCGAAAGAGGAAUGACAAUGAUGGUGAUCCAGAGCACCUUGAACGAAAGCGACUGAAGAAGGAAAAGAAGCGGAAAGAGAAAGAAAUGGCUAAAAUCCUCUACGGUGAGACAAAAACUGUGGAUUCAGUUGGAUUGCGAAUUAAUGAGGGUGGAGGAGCACCCUUCAAUGGGGAAGCUAAGCAGCCAUCUCCAUUGAAAUUGGGUAACAAUAAAAACUCCAGCAGAAGUAGAACAGAAAUGGCGGAAGAUCCUGCAACUAAAACGAAACCAAGUGAAGCCAGUGCCUCAGCAUAUGUAAACACAACGGAAGACAGUGCAGGUGCACGCCAACCUAGUACGGGUCAUAAAAUUAAAAUCAAAUUUAAGAAUAGAAUGCUUGGAAAACCAUGACAAUUGUUCUAAAGUUUGGUUUAGAGCAGCAGCUUUAGCUAUUGUAUGGAAAUUACCAUACGAAUUCUUAAUUCAGAAACUGAGCCGUUAUAUUUCUUUUGUCGUA